UUUAUCUUUGAAGAAGAAGUGCUACUUGCUGAGGAGGCAACGACGUAGACAGUGACGAAGGAGAGCAUAACUAGCCACAGUGCUAAUCCACCAUCUCAUCUCAUCUCAUCUCUCCUUUUCUUUUCUAAAUAAAUUCUCCAAUCUGAAAGCAGAAGAACUCAACUUAAACAACAAAAAAGUAACAGAAAGAGUAGACUUAGUUUGUUCACUGACAUCGAUAACUUUUCCGUUCAAAGCACAGCUAGCUAUAGCAAAGAUGCGUAGCAUGUCCAGUUCUGGCUCCUGUAGAGGCAUCGCCGCCAUUGUAGGGGUCGGACCCAAACUGGGUCGAUCCAUAGCCCGAAAGUUUGCCCAUGAAGGCUACACCGUUGCCAUCCUCGCCCGUGACUUAGGGAAGUGUGAAAAGGGCUUUGAAGCAAUUUAUGUAUUGAACACAGGACGAUUAUCAAUAUUUGCGGACGAGAUAGCGAGGGAAGAGAAAGCACAAGUGUUUGCAAUCAGAAUUGACUGUUCUGAAUCAAGAAGUGUGAGGGAGGCAUUUGAAGGAGUUCUUUCCCUUGGAUUUGUUGAAGUGCUUGUAUACAAUGCAUACCACCCAGUUUCUUGGCACCCCACCAACUUCACUGAUAUCCGCAUCGAUUCUUUUGAGAAAUCUGUCUUCGUCUCCUCCAUUGGUGCUUUUCUUUGUGCUCAACAGGUUCUUCCUGGCAUGGUGGAAAGAGGAAAGGGAACAAUUCUGUUUUCUGGUUGCUCGGCUUCUCUCAGUGGCAUGGCGGGUUUCUCUGAACUAUGCUGUGGGAAGUUCGCAUUGAGAGCACUGUCGCAAUGCCUGGCAAGAGAGUUCCAACCCUUUGGUGUUCACGUCGCUCAUGUCAUCAUUGAUGGUGUUAUUGGCCCUCCCAGGGGACCAACGACAUCUCAGAGAUCGUUGGUUGGGGAGCAACAACAGAGCGGAGGAGGAGAGGACGGGGCCAUGAUGACGAUGGACCCUGACUCACUGGCUCAGACCUACUGGCAUUUGCAUGUUCAAGAACGAACCGCUUGGACCCAAGAGAUGGAUCUUCGGCCUUCCAAUCCCGGAUUCUACUAGUACAAAUUGCCAGUUUCAGUUUGCAACAUCGUCAUCAUCAUCAUCAUAUGUUAAUUUACUACUACACUCCCUUAAUAAUGCAUUGCAUAUACAUAUUGUCCGCUGUGGUUGGACCCUAGCUACACAGCUCAAAUUAACGGGGGAGCUACCAUCAUGCAUAACAUCUCUGCCGGUCGUUGUUGCUACUGUUUGUGUCAUUUUAAAGUGCAUAAAAUUUAUGCGUGAUUGAAUGGUGAUUUCGGUUA